AUGGUUCUUAUUGCCCAGAAGCUGCAGCAGUGCCGUGAGUCAAGUAUCCAGGCUGCUAGGAGUAGAAAACACUGGAUGGCUAAAGAAAUUGAAGGUGUGACCAAGAAAAAGAAGGAGGCAUAUAAAAAUCAUCAGCUUCUCGAACAUCAUCUUGUAGCUAAAUUUCCUCAUCACUGGAAGCAUUCUGGUAAAUCUCCUCUGACAAAAACCCAUCAGAUCUUUCCUGAUGUACUGAUCAUAACUGGACACAAUUCUCAGCUGUUCAUCACGAAUUUCUAUUUUCUGUCCUUAACAACUUUUAAUCAACUUGACACCCAAGACUAUUUCAUGAGCCUCAGUUUACUUAGCCUGCCUUUUAUGCAUCAGUAUUUUUACUUUUUAAGUGAUUUUCAUCAUCUCUACCGCAUUGCACAGCUGUUGAUUACAAAUGCUAUCAAUACUCUUCUUCUCUUCAUAUGGCGUGCUGAGUCUGGGGACAAGUUUUCUUCGCUGUUCCAUGAAACAAGCCUCACUGGGAAGGCCACUGCUGAAGAGAGAGGCACAAUCAUGUUACCAGGUCUUUCACUACUUACAUGCACCUUAUUUUAUCUCCAUUUCCAUCUUCCCACCUGGGCAAAAGGAGUUAAGCCAAUAUCGGGCUCACCAAUGAUCUACAAUAAGCCAUUUACUGUGAUUUGGAACACGCCAACUGCACGCUGCAAAUCUAAAUUUAAUGUUGAUCUGAAGUUGAAUGCUUUUGAUAUUGUUGCAAAUGAAAAUGAGAUCUUUAUGGGGAAGAAGAUGACCAUAUUUUACAAAAUCAAGUUGGGGCUUUAUCCAUUCUAUACCACUAAGGGCACUCCAGUGAAUGGUGGCCUUGUCCAGAAUGCCAGCUUGUGCAACCACCUCCAGGUAGUAGGAGAGAACAUGACCAAUUUGAUGGAUCCAAACUUCCAUGGUCUUGCAGUAAUAGAUUGGGAAGAGUGGCGACCACUUUGGGUCCGUAACUGGGGUAAAAUGGAUAUCUACAGGAAAAAUUCUAAAGAAUUAGCAAGAAGAAAAUACCCCCAUUUAACUGAAAGUGAGCUUCUCCAAAUUGCCAAAAAGGAAUAUGAAGGCGCUGCAAAGAAUUUUAUGAUGAAAACACUAAAACUCGGACAGAUUCUGAGACCACAGGCUUGCUGGGGCUUUUAUAAAUAUCCAGACUGCUAUAAUUAUGUUAAGAAGAAGGCACAGCCCAAUUACUCAGGUCACUGCAAGGAAGAAGAUGUUCCUAGAAAUAACCAGUUAGCAUGGCUCUGGAAGGCAUCACGAUGCCUAUAUCCCAGUAUCUACAUCCCUGCGAAGCUAAAAUCCUCAAGUUAUGUCCAAAAGUUAGUUCACUACCGGAUUAAGGAGGCUCUCCGUGUUGCUGCCUUUGAUCCAGUCAGAGGUGCUCUCCCUGUUUUGGCUUACUCCAGAUAUGCAUAUAUAAAAACACUUGACUUCCUGAGUGAGAUUGAUUUGGUACACACCAUUGGAGAGAGUGCAGCUAUGGGAGCCUCUGGAGUGGUUUUGUGGGGGAAUAAUGACCUUUCACGUAACAAAAGUCGCUGUGAGGCAUUAAAGAACUACAUUGACAAGAAACUUGGAAUAUACAUUAUAAACACGACCACAGCUGCCAUAUUGUGCAGCAGGAUUCUGUGCAAUAAUAAUGGACGAUGUGUACGGAAAAACCCUGAAUCCAAAGUUUACCUACAUCUUGAUCCCAAAAGCUUUGACAUUAUCCCCGCUGUGACUUCCACCAAAUCUGCACUCAAAACCCGAGGAGAAUUCCAUUCUGAAGCAGUGAAAAGCAUGAAACAGCAGUUCAAAUGCCAUUGCUACAAGGGAAGGAUGGAGCCUGAUUGUAAGAAAAAAUCAAAGUCUUAG